AUGACUUUUAUUCUUAACAUCAUUAACUUAUCAUCAUCCGUCCAUACAUCAUCUAUGUCAGCAUGUUCACCAUAUUUCUAUUCAACAAAUACUGAUAUACGUACAAAUCAUCAAUAUAUACAACCUUGUCCAGUAUCAACACCAUGUCAAUGUAUAUGUGAAAUUGAAAGUAAACGUUUAUGGAUUGAUUGUUUCUAUCGAAAAUUAAAAACUUUACCAAUUUUAACAAAAAUUUCAACAAAUAAUACACUUAUUGAAUGGAAUAUUGAUUUAUCUUUUAAUUUAUUUGAAAAUUUAACAUUAAAUAAUAAAAGAAAAUGGAUACCGGAUAAUAUGCAUAUACAUCAUUUGAUAUUUUCUGGUUCACUUUCUUAUGAUCUUAUUGUGCAAUUAAAUAUAACUCAUCGACAUUUAAUUGAUAUAUGGCCUAGUCAACGACAUUUACCUAUUAUUGAUGAUCAAUUUCAAUUAUUCGAUGAUUAUGAAAAUGAUAAAUCGGAGGAAGAGGAAAAUAAUAAUAUAAAAGAACUUCUGAAAUUGAAACGUUCAAUAACAUCAACGAAUGCAGAAGAAACACGUCUUCUAACUGAAUUAACAUUAGAAUUACGAAAAAAAACUAAACAAAUCAAUCUAUUUACAUUAUCAUUAUCCGGUGAACCUCCACCAAUAUCAAAUCUUUAUCUCGAUCAUAAUUCACUUGAUUCUAUACCUCUUCAAGCUUUAUAUAAUGCAACAGGUUUAUAUGAAAUAUAUUUAUCAUAUAAUAAUAUAUAUCAAUUACCAGCAUAUGCAUUUGGAUUUGCUCAUCGUUUAACCCGAGUUGAUUUAUCCUAUAAUAAAAUCAUAUCAAUUGAUAUUUUAACAUUUCAAAGACAUCCAAAUGCAUUUGCUGGUCCAUUUCUUAUUGAUUACCUUGAUUUAUCACAUAAUCAAAUAACACUAUUAGAAACAAAUGUUUUCUCCUAUCUUGUUAAUUUACGUUUAUUAAAAUUAGAACAUAAUCAAAUACGUACAAUAACUGCACAUAUAUGGACUGGUUUAUAUCGUUUAAAAUAUCUUGAUUUAUCUCAUAAUUAUAUAGAAAAUAUUACUCAAGCAUUUUAUAGUGGUUAUCUUAAUGAAUUAAAUCAUUUAAAAAUAACAUCAAAUAAUCUUAGUCAAAUCGGUUCAUGUGAAUUUUUAUCACUUAAACGUUUAACUAAACUUAAUCUAAGUGGAAAUAAUAUAACAACACUUGAUACAUGUUCAUUUCAUGGUUUACAACAUUCAACAAGUCAUACAACAUUAAAUUUACAUUUACGUGCAAAUCAAUUGGAAACAAUUCAUCCUUGUAUAUUCAAAAAUUUUGCACGUUCAACAAUUUAUUUAGAAAAUAAUCCUUUAAUAUGUAAUUGUUCAUUUAGUUAUUUAUUACAUAAUAGGCAAUCAGUUGCUUAUACAGGUCAAGAAUGUCGUGGUGGUUAUGCAUAUGAAUUACCACAUCAAAAAUUACAAUUACCUGCCGUCCGUAAAACAAAUUCAACAUUAAUCAAAAAACCACUUAAUAUUUCGACAACAUGUAAAGAUUCAUUUAAAUAUUAUCAUGAUUUAUGUUCACAACUUGAUUGUAUAAGUCAUUGUGCAGCUAAUGAACGUUUAAUUAUUCAAGUUACAACAAUACCUACACCGAGUGGAACAAUUUUUCUAUAUCAACAAACAUAUAUUUCUAUUAUUGUUGCUAGUCUUGUUUAUUAUAGUCAGUUUUUUUUCUCUUGUAUAAAUUGUGAUAUAUAA